AUGAUUCUGCAACAGAUUGACCCUUACAGUGAGGUAUAUUCAGGGUUGGAUGAGAGUGGUUAUUUGUUUAACACCUCAGGACAGAAUAGUGAAAGCACCAGACUGUUUGCCUCAGACAAGCUGUACCUUGAACUAAAUACCAACUAUGGAAAUAACUCAAAAGGCUUUAAAGCCUCCUUUUCUGUAGACUGUGAGAAGCCAAAUUUCAACCUGCACACAACACCCAGUUCAGAUAACAAGUAUUACAAGUCUAAAUUACGGAUAACCUGUGACAAAGGCUAUCACUUCAGGGAUGAGAUGUAUCAGCCUCAAAGAACUGGCAUAACUUACGUGGAAAUGGAAUCUGUGUACUGCGGCUUGCCACAGUCAGUAGAUAACGGUUAUGUGGAGACAUCAACUGGUGUUGUGUUUGGCAAAGUGACUACAUACAACUGUUUUGAUGGUUAUACUCUGGCUCAUCACAACCCAAGCAUCUGUGAGUCGGAUGGCAGGUGGACAGACCCUCCAGCAUGUAUAGCUUCAAACUGCUCAGCGCUUGAAAAAGUAGAGAAUGGCAACAUGACUGUAGAUGGAGAUGGGUCCAGUUAUUCCACAGUUGUGGAGUACACCUGUCAGGUGGGGUUUGAGAUUAUUGGAGCAAACCGUAUCUUCUGUACAUCUGGUAGCACCUGGUCACACCCCUCUCCUACAUGUUUUAAGGUACAGUGUCAAGUACCAGAGAAGAUCAUGAAUGGUUACAUUUCUGCACCAGAUGAGACGUAUUUCGGUGAUACCAUCGAUGUGAGCUGUGACUCGGGAUAUAGAUUAUCUGGUCCCGCUACUCUUAGCUGUCAGGCUAACCAGCAGUUUGGGAAUAUUCCAGAGUGCAUUGAUAUUGACGAAUGUGCCCAAGAUCAGCUGAAUAACUGUACAGGAGUGGCCAUGUGUGAGAACGAGCCUGGGAUGUACAGCUGUGCUUGUCCAUCAGGUUACACGCUGAAUAACGACAGCCUCUCCUGCUCUGAUGUAGACGAGUGUUCAGGCAAACAUUAUUGCAGCAAUGGAAGAUGUGUCAACAAUGAUGGGUCGUACAGCUGUGAGUGUUUUCAUGGCUACGAGCUCUUCAGCAGCCCAGAUAUGGAAGUUUACACCAUCCCAGUCUCAGAAAAUGGAUAUCGGCCUGGAGACGUGUAUUAUAUCAACCACACUUGUGUCAGAGUGAUUUGCCCCACCCCUCCUGUCCCAAACAAUACAUUGCCACUGACUGGUCAGUCACAUUAUGGGUUUGGGGACUGGAUCAGGUACAUGUGUAAACUGGGAUAUGUCCUUAGUUUUGGAGUGACGAAUCGAGAGUGUCAGGCUGAUGGCACCUGGUCCAUGGACCCACCAGUCUGCUCAGUGGCCAGGUGCCCACCAGAGGUGAUUCCUGACUGGGUGCAGAAUAGUCCUCGAGUCUCCCCAGGCAGUGAUGUUGACUACUUGAACUCGGUCACUUUAACCUGUAACAUACCCGGGAUGGAUGCCCCAGUCAUUAAACACAGAACGUGUCUGUAUGAUCAAAUGAUGAAUACCUAUCGCUUCUUUGGUGCCCCAUUUGAGUGUGGCUAUAUUGACUGUGGUGAACCAGAGGUGAUAUCAGGAGCUAAAGAUUAUAGAACCCAACUCAACAACAGCACAAUCUAUGGCCAGAGUUUCCAGGUGGAGUGUCUGCCUCUAUUCACAGUGGAUGGGGAAAGCUCAUUGGGAAACACAACAGUGACUUGUUUGAAGUCUGGCACCUGGGGGUUUAACACACUUCGUUGUUUAGGUGAAACUUGUAGUGACCCAGGACGCCCUCCUGAUGCUAUCCAGGAGGCUUCUGGCUAUGAGCAGGGUAAGAAGGUGUCCUACAAAUGUACCAGAGAAGGAUUUGAGCUGAAUGACACGACUCCAUUGAGUUGUGUCCAGGAUCCAACUGGUACAACACUUCACUGGGAUCACCCAGUUCCUUUCUGUAAAGAUAUGGAAAAGCCAAAGUUUGACAGUUGCCGAAAAUAUAUUGAGAUUGACCAGUUUGAAGAACCAGGGUUUGAUGAGCCUUUUGCCAUUGACAAUUCUGGCCUGGUGUCUGUGUUCAGUGUGCAACCUGAGGGAUUCUCACCUGAGCACAAACUGGCCGACAGCGUGGAGGUCACGUACCACGCAUCCGACGCCACUGGAAACACUGAAGACUGUCAGAUCAGUGUUCAUGUCAGAGCUUUUCAGCGGCCAGAUAUAACCUGCCCAAACACGGAGGAGGUGCUCUACCCACAUAUGACUGCUGACGUUCCUUUGAGUAAAGAUCUCGUUAACACCUCUGGAGUGGAUAUUGAGGUCACCCUGUCACCUUCCAGAAUCACCCCUUCAGACGUUGGCAAAUAUGUGACAGUGCAGGCAUGGGCAACAGAUAAAUACAACAGGGCAAAGUCAUGUAGUUUUCAAGUUCAUGUGAAGUACACUGUAUGUGCAGAGCAGCAGAUUGCCAUUCCUGUCAAUGGUGAUAGGCAGUGUAAGCCUCUGUCAUCAGUCAGCCCGACAAGCCUCUCUUGUUCUCUGACAUGUAAGCCAGGCUUCACCUUCUACCAGGACGACCUUGAAGGGAGCUUUAAGACAAAUUGUACAGAUGGCACUGGUCAACCACAGUGGACCAACUCUGAAACACCCAAUUGUGUCUCAAUUAGUGACAGAGCUCAACUAGAGGACGUGUUUCAGUUUGAAUACCAGCCAGAUCAACCCAUGCCAGAUGACUGCAUUGAUCAGUACAGGGUUAAGCUGGUGCAGUUGUUCACACGUCUGCAGGAGUUUGUGUCUGAAAAGUGCUCAUCUCUCAUAGGGGUUCCACUGAAUGCCCAAAAUUCCAUCAGUGCCACAGCUAAUGGCAGCAAGGUUUUAGUCCAUCUUACUGUACAGUACUCACCCAUUAAUGAAAGCAGUGAGCGUAUUAAGUUUUGCUCCGAUACAGUGACUGACUUAUUGUCUACGAAGGGUAUCAACCCAGACUUGGAUUACCUGCACAUGGUAGAGGCAGUAUCUCAGAACUGUUCAGCUCUUACUGGCCAGCCUCUGGGGCGAUUAAGUAAUGACUACACCUGCCCCUCACACCAAAAACUGAGAGAGGAUGCUGAAAUCUGGUGGUGCUUGAACUGUCCAGCAGGAAGCAUGAUCAGUACUGCUGGGUGUGAGGCUUGUGGGAUUGGCACAUACCAGGAAAAUGAGGGAGAGAGAAACUGUAUAAGGUGUGCUGAUGGAUUCUUCACUUACUUGGAGGGAAGGAGUAGUCCUACCCUCUGUACAGGUAGGAGACCUGACGUAUCUCUGAUCUCAAUGUUUGACAUGUAA